UCUUCGAGUACCUCAUGGGAUACUUUCACGACGAAGAACGUCGUUGCUGGAUUGAAAGAUACUUUGAAGAAGAGAAUCGUAUGUGGAACCAAGUUCAACAAGUUCUCUUCGAGAAGUAUCUUGGUUGUCCAAUUGAUUAAUUCAAGAACGGCAGAAACAGCCUUCUUCAUUGAUUUGCCGGGGACAGGAGACAUUAAAAAAUUGGCUCCAGAAGGAUGUGAUGCUGCAACAACACGCUUGUUGACAGAUCAAUCCAAAUUUUUAAAGGAGCGGGUAUUUGAACUGACCAAUGGAUUCAGGAAACAAUCCACUGUUUUCACUGGCAAUGUAUUUUGGUUGCUGAUCCGAAGAACUCUUCAAGAGAAGGCGGUGCGAAAACUUUUCUGGGUUUCGUGUGCAAAGAAGCCACUAACCCAUGAGAACUGCUUCCCAGCAGUUUACGUUUUGUCGACGAUACCGUCCUGCCAAGGCGGUCAAAAUCUUCAAGGGAACUUUAUUAGACCAAAUAGUUCCCGACAACGAGUGGAAGGGCAAGGUAAUACGCCAGUUGCAAGAAGUGCAACCACUCUUCAAGUUCCCGUUCGACCAAGAAAAAUGACUCAAUCGGACGGAUUGCUUCGUGAAAAAGAAGAGCUUGCCAUUGAAAAACGAAAAAUAGCUCAGAAAGAGCAAGAAAUAGCUCAGAAAGAGCAAGAGCAAGAACGAAAAAUAGCUCAGAAAGAGCAAGAAAUGGCUCAGAAAGAGCAAGAAAUAGCUCAGAAAGAGCAAGAGCAAGAACAAAAAAUAGCUCAGAAAAUAGAAGAGAAAUUAGCUCGUGAAAAAGAAGAGCUUGCUAUUGAAAAACGAAAAAUAGCUCAGAAAGAGCAAGAAUUAGCUCAGAAAGAGCAAGAAUUAGCUCAGAGAGAGCAAGAGUUAGCUCGACAACUAGAGGAAAGAGCUCAUAUCACACCUCCUAGAGAACAACCGCCAUUAAUUGAUUUAACAACUCCACCUGUUGUUGUAAAAGAAGAGAAGGAAGACAGUCCGGACCCAGAGGCCGAAACAUCAAGGACUUCAAUUCCUGUGCCAACAGUUGAUAGCGAAAGAAGUGACGACGAAGAGUCAGAUGACGAAGGAAGUCACGAGGACAUUGACAUUGAAGACACGUUAAUUGAGAUGAGUGGAGACGAACGAGAUGAUAGCCAGCCGAAUGACGAUGGAGAGAAUAACCCCGAAGAGAGUGACAAUGAAGACGAUAAUCCUCAAAGAGAUGACGACGAAGAGGAUGACGAUGAAGACGAUAAUCCUCAAAGAGAUGACGACGAAGAGGAUGACGAUGAAGAGGAUGACAAUGAAGAGGAUGACAAUGAAGAGGAUGACGAUGAAGAGGAUGACAAUGAAGAGGAUGACGAUGAAGAGGAUGACGAUGAGGAUGACAGUGAAGAGAGUGACGAUGCAAAUGUUGGCAACCCAAGGGAUCCAACACCACCUCGUGCAGCCCGACGAUACAGAUUAAGGGGACAUGCAGAGGCAGACGCUUCUCCUCUCCUUCGAUUGGAGACUCCACAUAGGCGAAGAAGAUCUCAAAAUCUCAGCCUAGAACAAAGAACGAUUGAGUUAAUCAGAAGAACACGCUUGGACAGUGUACAAUCUGGAAAAAUUUGGAUUUUCGGCAGACCCUAUGAUGUUAGUAAUCCAGAAAGAUUUAAAAAUAUUAACUGGAAAGAACUAAUUGAACCGGUAGAAAAUAGUCGUAAAGGUCGAUGUAAAAGAUGUCAGAAGGUGUUAUCGGCGUCAUUGGUAGCUAGUCAUGUAUGGUGCAAACAUCUUCGAGGAAAAUUACACUGUCCAGUGUGUCAUAGAGGAAACUUCAAAUAUCACUCUCGGGUUAGAGCUCAUCAACGACGUGAUAACUGUUGGCCGGAAUGAAAAGCAUGUAGGGAGUCAUCAACAAGAAUCAUCGUCAACAGCAGGAAAUUAUUCCGGUAAAUUAUCAACCAAAGGUACAAUUAGAUUAUAUGCAUGUUUA